CCACCAUGGUCGAGACUCAGAAAACGCUUAGCACAGGGACUUUGAAUCUACGUUUCAUGCAAAAUGCUCGGAGAGCACAACAAUUAUCCGGUGUCGAUGUCGAGCUCGAGAAAGCGCACGUUAAAGAUGAGGCCGAAUGGGAAGUAGCGCCUGAUAUUCGUAAAGCUUGGGGAUUGGUGGAUGGGUCCAACUCAGAUUCAAAUGACGAUCUAUAUGAGAGGUCUUAUAUGCCUUUCCUCUUUCCUUCUGCGCCUGGUCCUGGGGAAGACAACGGCACUUCAUCGUCAUCGACGUCUUUUGGCGGUAUGAAACCGCAAGGCCGUCGUAAAUUCAAUAAACAUGGAGAAGAGUCAUUCAAACCUCCAGAAGUGCGGCCCGCAGCUACAACAGUAGCAGACGUCCAACCUGACGAAAAGCGGAAAACCAAGAUCAAAUCGAUAUCCAGCUCAACUCACAGUAACACUUCCGCCAAGCCAUUAAAGAAGCUGAAGGAACCGGCGAGUCGGGUGAUAUACGACAACAGCAGUGUUGGCGUCGACCUUCGGUCCUCCUUAUCUUCAAACCGCACAUCAGUAGCGAAGUCUACUGUUAGCAGUGACAGUAAAGCGUUCAUGAAGCCCGCUGGCGUAGAUGAUCCUUCUAUCACCCCUGCGAGUAAGGAUGCACCCUCAGCUUCAGCUUCUGCCUCUUUCGCACGAAAGGGGAAGAGAAGACGGGAACAGGAUAACGCAGAAGUCGAAACUGCAGGAUUGAAGAAGAAAACAUUAUCAUUUGUCGAGUGAUCGGACCGUUGGAAGCACGUGUAUGUCAUGAUCGACCCCUUGGCACUCGCGCAUGCUUUCUAUUGCUGUCACUCCUGGACGCAAUUACUCCGCAUGAACUCCCAGUCUAUGUGGCUAUCUACACGCACACGCAUAGGUGAUCAUUAUCAUAUGUUUGCUCGGAAUAUCGAUAUCCAUCAGCACCAUAUUUGCUCGAUGUUCCACGCUUUCAAUACUAGAAUUCGGAAUCUGGUCAUAUUGUCAUGCCUACUUAUAAAAAAAAAUCUUAUCGCAUGCGAAUUGCAUUGCUGGAGUGAUGCCCUACU